AUGUCUUGUGUUGUACCAGUGAAGUUUGAGCGUUUGCCAGAAUUAGUUAAACCAACACAUUAUGCCCUAACCCUGUCGCCGGACCUUAAAAAUUUCACUUUCCGUGGACAGGAAACGACUGACAUCGAGAUUUUAAAAGGCACGGAUCAUUUGAAGUUGCAUUCAAGUGAAAUUGAUAUCAAAAAGGCUCGGCUUACAUUGAGUGACGGAUCGGUGUUGCAAGAUCUCGAUAUAGAAUAUGAUAAAAAAUGGACAACUGUAACGCUGAAGUUACCUAAGCACAUUUCUCCUCAAAAAGCAAAAAUUUUUUUGGAUUUUGUGGGUGAACUCAAUGAUAAAAUGCGGGGUUUCUACCGAUCAAAAUACAAAGAUGGCAAUGGAAGGGAAUGUUAUUUAGCUGCUACACAAUUUGAAAGUACAUUCGCUAGGCUUGCAUUUCCUUGCUGGGAUGAACCGAUUUAUAAAGCAAAAUUCGAUAUUACGCUUAUAGUGGAUGAAGAACUAACAGCACUUUCGAAUAUGAAUGUGGUAAGCGAAACAAAGAUCGACAAUAAGAAGGUGGUGAAAUUUGCAACUACACCACUAAUGUCAACAUAUCUUGUUGCAUUUGCUGUUGGUCGUCUGGAAUAUAUCGAGAGUAAAACAAAUGGAAAUUGUUUGGUACGGAUAUAUACAGCAGAAGGUAGAAAAAAUCAGGGAGAGUUUUCAUUGGAAGUUGCAAUAAAAGCGCUUGAUUGGUACGGUAAAUGGUUUGGUAUCGACUACCCUUUACCCAAAUGUGAUCUGAUAGCUAUCCCCGAUUUCAGCAUGGGUGCCAUGGAAAACUGGGGAUUGGUAACAUAUCGAGAAGUAACACUAUUAGUUGAUCCUGCCAAAUCUUCCACAAGGCAAAAAUCUCGUAUCGCGCUUGUUGUGGCUCAUGAACUUGCUCAUCUUUGGUUUGGUGAUCUUGUUACAAUGAAAUGGUGGACGGAUUUGUGGUUAAAAGAAGGCUUCGCUUCGUUUAUGGAGUAUAUGUUUGUUGGUGCUAAUUACCCAGAAUUUAAAAUAUGGCUUCAUUUUCUUAAUGACGAACUUGCAGCAGGCUUUGACUUAGAUGCUUUGCGAAGCUCUCAUCCGGUCGAGGUUGAAAUAAAUAAUCCUAAUGAAAUGGAAGAAAUCUAUGAUAGCAUUACGUAUGCAAAAUCAAAUUCGAUCAUCCGAAUGUUGUGCAAUUAUUUGGGUGAAGAAACAUUCCAAAAAGGGUUAUGGAUAUACCUCAAAAGAUUCCAGUACAGCAAUGCAGUCACAGUUGAUUUGUGGAAUGCGCUAAGUGAAGCUUCCAGUCAGAACAUUGAAUCACUAAUGUCAACCUGGACAAAGCAGAUGGGAUAUCCUCUUCUUAGCGUUAGCCAAAAAAUUGAUGGGAAGAAAAGGAUUCUAAAAAUGAGUCAGAAAAGAUUUCUCGCUGAUGGUACCGUUGACGAAAAGAAUUCGUUAUGGCAG